AUUAUUACAGUGUAGUCACUGGGAGAGCCUUUGUUUGUUGAUGAAGUACUUUUUAACCCCAGUGUUUAUGGUAAUAUACUCCUCUGGUGGUUCUGCUCCCCCUCUCUGAGUCUCUAUAAAGAUCCAGUGUAUCUACAGACAUGAAGUGAAGCACAUCUGUACUUUCUGUAUCAGUCACUCCUCCUCCAUCAGUAGGACGCUGCUCCACCCUCUCCAGCGCGUUCAUCUCUCCGUUCGUUACUGUCCCACGAGUGGAGAGGAUUUCAGCACCGGGACAGAUCCACCACCGUCACAGGCAUCAUGGCGACAGAGUUUCACAACCUUCAGGAGCUGCGUCACAGUGCAUCUCUGGCCGCCAAGGUCUUCAUUCAGAGAGACUACAGUGACGGCACCAUCUGCAAAUUCCAGACCAAGUUCCCUGCAGAGCUGGACAGCAGGAUCGAGAGGAGCCUGUUCGAAGAAACGGUGAAGACGCUCAACUGCUAUUAUGCAGAGGCUGAAAAGAUUGGUGGUCAGUCCUACCUGGAAGGCUGCCUGGCUUGUGCUACGGCCUACAUCAUCUUCCUGUGCAUGGAGACACGCUAUGAAAAGAUCCUGAAAAAGAUCAGCAUGUAUAUUCAGGAGCAGAAUGAGAAGAUCUAUGCACCCAGAGGUUUGCUCCUCACAGACCCCAUCGAGAGAGGCAUGAGAGUGGUAUCCUUUGCAAACACUCGGGUUGAUUUUUUAUUUUUAUUUUUUAAGUGUUGGCACCACCUUGAAAGAACUAAGUACGAUCUAUGAACUUUGAAAACUUAUUUGCUUACUGAAAAAAAAACAAAAAAACUUUUUGCUGUCACUUUAGGGUAAAUUACUUUCCAUUGGCCACGGUGUCCUUUCACUUCUGAUAUUCCAAAAAAAAAAGGUUUAUAAUUGGUUUGGCAAAGCAUGACACAAGUCAGUACUGUUGUAAUUGUGUGUCUGCUGUUCUUUCCAAAAUGAAAAUGAGUCACAAUCUAUACAAAGAAUAUCACUUCACCUUCAGCCAUCAUGCCGAGGUGACACUUUGAUAGUUUGAUAUAAAGCAGAAUGGAAAAUCAGCCUUAUUUGUAGGCGUAUCUUUCCAUUUUCCAUCUCUGUGGUUUUAGCUAGGAAACUGUGUGAGACCAGACCUGGAAACACUUUGUCUGUGUGAUUAAAGAAUAACUAGAAAAGGAAUGUUUGUCAAGACGAUUAAAAGAUACUUGCAGGUUAAAGACACUUGAACUAUUUGACAGCUGGAGUUUGAAGCCAUUAAUAUUCAAAGUCAGACUGAACAUCCAUCAAUGGGAUUUUAUAUAGAAGAGGAGAAAAUAAAAUUUCAAAAAGGGAACAAUUUAGUUUUGUCGCAUCACAACACACCAACUGCUUCCAGUGCACAUUUAGCCCAAAUUGUGUCAUUAAUCAAAGUUGUUUGAUUAAACAUUAUUAAAAAUUCAAAGUUUGUAACCAUAACUCAAAUAUCUACAUUGUUUGAACUUCUUUUUUAAGUGUUAAUAGCUCAAAAUUAUUAAGUACAAUCUCAGAAAUAAAGGUACAAAAGCUGUCACAGUGGUGGUACCUAUCAAAAGGUACACCUUUGUACAUUAAGGGUCCAUAUUGGUAACAUAUUAGUACCUAAAAGGCACAAAACUGUACAUUUUAAAAGGUGCAGAGAGCGAACAAAAUUGAGGGAAUCCCCAUGAGCAAUGCCAAAAUAAUUAGUUGCACUACCGUUUCUAAAGAUUGGGCCUGUAAGAUUAUUUUUAUUUAUUUAUUUAUUUACUAACUUGCUUACUUACUUAUUUAAUCAUUUUAUUCAGCAAAGAUGCAUUCUGAAAAAAGUGUCAGCAUUCCCACAAUGAUAUGAAGCAGCACAACCAUUUUUGACAUUCUUAUAAGAAAUGUUUCUUGCAUGAGCACAAAACCAGCAUAUUAGAAUGAUUUCUGAAAUAUCAUGUGACACUGUACUGUGUAGAAAAAAAGAAAA